AACUGGAACAUGACGUCAUUCUGUCUCAAACAUGGCUACUUACUUGGAUGUAAAGUUGGUGAAAUAUGUUUGUUCGUGUUCCAAACAUUUACCGGUGUGCCGAUUAUAUUUAUGCAGGCACUGUCUAAAACUAAGAUGUUCAGACUGUGUUCAACAUGAGGUUGACACCCCUUAUUGCCCUAACUGCUUAGAGAAUAUGCCAACAUCUGAAGCCAAACUGAGAAAAAAUAGAUGUGGGAGCUGCUAUGACUGCCCUGGAUGUGGCCAUACACUGAUGACUAGAGCUAGUAAUCUGACAUUGCCUGAUCCAGAAGAUGCCACUAAAACAAUUUCCAAGAAAAUGUAUUACAUGGCCUGUAGUUUCUGUCGAUGGACUACCAGAGAUGUCAACAUAGAAGAUCAAUCCGUGGCAAGCGGUGCUUGGCAAGAUCAAGAAAAUGAACAUGCCAAAAGGAUCAAUAAUUUACUGGAAUAUUAUCGUAAGCUGGCGCAGAAAGAAAAAGCUGAAAAGGAAAGAAAAAAGUAUGUGAAAAGGCGGAGUCAUAUGUAUUAUACUGACAAAUAUGGUCUGACAUCUGUCGCUGCUGCUAGAAAGAAGACUCUUUCAUCAAUCUCAUCAUUAAGUGUAAAGGAUAACGAAGAAGCUGUUAGUGAAUUAGAACCAGGAAAAAAAGUCGUGGAUUUUGCACCUUUACCAGAUGACAUAUUUACCAAACCGUUAGAAUUAUCCAAGAUGACAUGUAUGGAACAAAGAUUAUCAACUCCAGAGUUUCAACCAGCUAAAGCCCAAGAUAUGUUCCCACAACAUAAACAUUUAUUGAUUCGUAAAUCAUUACGAUGUAAAGAAUGCGAACAUAAUUUAAGUAAACCAGACUUCAAUCCAUUGUCUAUUAAAUUUAAAAUCCAGUUGAUAGCUUUGAACCAUAUUCCUGAAAUUAGAAUUGGUGGUCCUGCAGUUUUUCUUCCCAACAAGGAAACCAGAGCUGUAUUGACAUUAAACAAUCCACAAACCUUUGACACAAUUGUUAAACUGUUAGCUAUGGAUGAUGAGUCUGGUUUAACAACAGCCAAGAUUGAAUUACCCAAGAAGGAGAUGAUAUUAGCUAAGAGAAAUGAUUUGGCUGGUUAUGAUGAUAAUCCUGUUAAGCAAGAUUUUAAUGACGAUUCAAGUUCAAUAGCAUUUAGAAAUCUCAAUAAAGUUGGGGUAUUUGUCAAAGUUACACCUGAAGUUGAACAAGGCGAUGUUAUAGUGUCAUUAACAAUGCAACAUGAAUAUCGAAAUACAACAGCUACUGUUGGUACAGAAGAUACCGAACCUCCAGUCGUUUGGAUUGAACAAAAAGUUUUUAUCAAAUUAGGCACAAUAAGCAGAGAAGGUUAAGUGAAUACAUUAUGGUUCAUAUUCUAUUUGAUCUAAGAGGGGAUAUGGAAUAGAUAUUUCGAAUAGUCAGUAAAUUAAAUUAUUAUUUUGUUUGUGGAGACUGGAAUCAUUUGAUAAACUUUACGGGAAAGGAACAGCAUUUUUUUUUAUUUAUAGCUUAUUAUACAUGUGGGCUUACAUCACUCACAGAUUCUCUUUGUCUACAGCUUGUUAUAUCUAUCACAAUAUUAAAAUGCCAUCAAUGUGCUAUUUUACUAAUUGGUAUGUGUUCUACUCAAGAUUGAUUAUUUAUUUAUGUAAUUAUGUAGUGUCAAUACUCAACACAUGCUAGUGUAACAGUGUAUGUAAAUUUGCUCUUGUGACAUUGUACAAGUAUAUGGAGAACUGUUAUUGAAUAUCUCAGCUUUGAAUUAAAGAGACAUUAAAACAAA